UUCUUACUAAUUCUUCUUUCCAGACAAAUUGUAAGACACAUUUCUCCGAAUCUCCAUUCUCAUUUAGACUGUUAUUCUCUUAGCGUCGUUCAGAAGUGGAGUGAGUGAGUGAGUAAUGUUGCGUGUUGCCCCAAAAUUCUUCAGCAGUGUCCCUCUUCGGACCAUUUCACCCUUUGCAUGUCGCUUCUCACUUCGUUCUAUCGCUGAUUCUGCUCCUUUCAACAAAAUCCGCAUUCAAAGGGAUGACACAGCAUUCGAUGCAUAUGUCGUUGGCAAAACCGAUGCACCUGGAAUUGUUGUGCUUCAGGAGUGGUGGGGAGUGGACUUUGAAAUUAAAAAUCAUGCUGUGAUGAUUUCUCAACUUGGUCGCGGAUUCAAAGCUCUUAUUCCGGAUUUGUACAGAGGAAAGGUUGGUCUGGAUGUUGCAGAAGCACAACAUUUGUUUGAUGGUCUUGAUUGGCAGGGUGCUGUGAAAGAUAUCCAUGCUUCAGUUAAUUGGCUUAAGGCAAAUGGUUCAAAGAAGGCUGGUGUCACUGGAUUUUGUAUGGGGGGUGCUCUCGCCAUUGCAAGCUCAGUCUUGGUUCCAGAUGUUGAUGCUGUUGUAGCUUUCUAUGGAGUUCCUUCUUCUGAGCUUGCAGACCCUGCCAAAGCCAAGGCUCCCGUUCAGGCCCACUUUGGAGAGCUGGAUAAUUUUGUUGGCUUUUCAGAUGUUACGGCCACGAAGGCCUUGGAGGAGAAGCUGAAGGUAUCUGGUGUUCCACAUGAGGUACACAUAUAUCCUGGCAAUGCACAUGCAUUCAUGAACAGAUCCCCAGAAGGAAUCCAGAGGAGGAAGAGCAUGGGAAUGCCUGAUGAAGACGAAGCUGCGGUUCACCUUGCCUGGUCUCGCUUCCAGUCAUGGAUGACACAUUACUUAACUGCCUAAAUGGUAUGAUAUGCUUCUAUAUUCUUAGGUAGUAAUUUAGUGUAACACAUAAUGGCCCCAUAAACUCUAAAUAUGGUGCUUGUUACCUUAGGGUGGAUACACCCUUGGGAAAUUUCACUAAUAAUUUUGAAAUGGUCCAAGUUUGUCUAGACUAUAGUAAUAAGUAAAUAUGGUCUUUGUUUAUUGGUGUCA